GUUCUGGGGGGCUUUUGGUGGACUAGGAGCAGCUGGUUUCUCUGCUUAACUUCUUAUGUAUGUUUUGCCUACCACUUUGGAAGAUCUUCUUGAUCUUGGCCUAUGUUCUGCUGGAGGGUAUGUAUAUCUUUUGUUCCUUUAUUCAUUCUCUUCCUGAAGCCUGGAUGCCCGAAUUUUUUCGUAAAUAUUUGGAGGAAGUGUUAUUUGAGAUCCUUUGCAGUGUAAAAUCAUAGGGCAGCCAUGCUUGAUCAUUAUUGUUGGAAGUGUCUGCCUGCCCCUGAAACAUCAAUAUUAUCCUGUCACUAAUCACUUCUUUUCUACAUGAUUACAGUUUAAUUAAUAGGUUUUACUGAGGUAAAAUGAGAAUAAAAAAAAUGCUGGUAUUGCCCUUUUGUAGUUCAACUGCUCUUUCUGGACAAGUUGUCCCUUGUCAGAUUCUCUCAAUCAGCAACAACACAUCAUUGAGUUAUCGCUUUCAUGACGGGUACAUAGCCAUUUCAAAUUUCCCAGCUCAUAGACAAAGAAUGAUUGACAAGGUGAACAGACGGGAAUGCUUUUGCACAGGAACUCAUCUUGCAGAAGCAGUCAAUAAUCUGGAAGAAGACUGUAGGCAAACCUUACCAAGACGCAGCAGAAAAGAGGUUAGACAAAUUUCUAGAGAUUCAAGACGGGGUUUUAAAUGUGCUGAAGAAUCUUUAAAACACUACAAGUUCAAAUUCAAAAUCUUCAUGUGAGACCAAUUAAACUUUACACUUGCCUAGACAUGCUCCUUUAGCAAUGGGUCUGAGAAUGUGGCGUCCGUUCUUGUAACACCAAUAUCCCAUUUUCACCCCAGUUGAUUUUCAGGUAUUGAUGCUUGUACAAUGUCAUUAUGCAUCAACAAAAACAUCCUAUUUUC